UGCGAAUUUAUUUUUUGGUGAAAGGAGUGAAAAGAAAUGAACUGACCUCUCCCACUACACUUUGCUUUUAGUCCUUCCCUCUGGCCGUGCCUACAAUUUGGGCCAUGGAGCGGGAAAGGGAACGUAAAGCAGCCGGAACUCGAAGCGGCGCCGGCUGGGCAUGACUCGGUGACGCCGCCAGCCGCAUUACCCGGCGUGCCCUGCGCCGCGCCGGCGGAGGGACGUUGGGGAGGGGUGGGGAGGAGGAAGCGGCGGCGGCUGCGGAUGUCGCUGCGACCAAGCCGCGUCUGAACGGCGGCUGCCGAACGGCCGACCCGGGCCUGCACCGGAGCCCACACCCAGCUCCGCGGCCCGCCGCCCGCGGCCCUGCGCCUGUUGACACCAAGGCGGCGCGUCCUGUAUUCUCCGUUGCCCGAGCCAGCCUGCUGUGGCGUCUCCUGGCUCCCCCUCGCUCGCCUGCACCCUCCUGAGUCACUGCCGCCGCCGCCAUGGCCGAGAGUGGUGAAAGCGGUGGCCCUCCGAGCUCCCAGGACAGCGCCGCCGCGGCCGAAGGUGCCGGUUCCCCCGCGGCCGCUGCCUCCGCGGAGCCCAAGAUCAUGAAAGUCACCGUGAAGACCCCGAAGGAGAAGGAGGAGUUCGCUGUGCCCGAGAAUAGCUCCGUCCAGCAGUUCAAGGAAGAAAUCUCUAAACGUUUCAAAUCACAUACCGACCAACUUGUGUUGAUAUUUGCUGGAAAAAUUUUGAAAGAUCAAGAUACAUUGAGUCAGCAUGGAAUUCAUGAUGGACUUACUGUUCACCUCGUCAUCAAAACACAAAACAGGCCUCAGGAUCAUUCAGCCCAGCAAACAAAUACCAGUGGAAGCAAUGUUACCACAUCUUCAGCUCCUAAUAGUAACUCCACAUCUGGUUCUGCCACUAGCAACCCUUUUGGCUUAGGUGGCCUGGGAGGACUUGCAGGUUUGAGUAGCUUGGGUUUGAACACUACCAACUUCUCUGAACUACAAAGCCAGAUGCAGCGGCAACUUAUGUCCAAUCCUGAAAUGAUGGUCCAGAUCAUGGAGAAUCCCUUUGUCCAGAGCAUGCUUUCAAAUCCUGACCUGAUGAGGCAGUUAAUUAUGGCCAACCCACAGAUGCAGCAGUUGAUACAGAGAAACCCAGAAAUUAGUCAUAUGCUAAAUAAUCCAGAUAUUAUGAGACAAACAUUGGAACUUGCCAGGAAUCCAGCAAUGAUGCAGGAAAUGAUGAGAAACCAGGACCGAGCCUUGAGCAACCUGGAAAGCAUCCCAGGGGGAUACAAUGCUUUACGACGCAUGUACACAGAUAUUCAGGAACCAAUGCUGAGUGCUGCACAAGAGCAGUUUGGUGGUAAUCCAUUCGCUUCCUUAGUGAGCAAUACAUCCUCAGGUGAAGGUAGUCAACCUUCCCGUACAGAAAAUAGAGAUCCAUUACCCAAUCCGUGGGCUCCACAGACUGCCCAGAAUUCAUCAGCGUCCAGUGGCAGCACCAGCACUGUAGGGGGCACUGGUGGUAGUGCUGCGAGCGGCACUGCUGGGCAGAGUUCUACUGCACCGAGUUUGGGGCCUGGAGUAGGAGCUAGUAUGUUCAACACACCAGGAAUGCAGAGCUUGUUGCAACAAAUAACUGAAAACCCACAACUUAUGCAAAACAUGUUGUCUGCCCCCUACAUGAGAAGCAUGAUGCAGUCACUAAGCCAGAACCCUGACCUUGCUGCACAGAUGAUGCUGAAUAACCCCCUAUUUGCUGGAAAUCCUCAGCUUCAAGAACAAAUGAGACAACAGCUCCCAACUUUCCUACAACAAAUGCAGAAUCCUGAUACAUUAUCGGCAAUGUCAAACCCUAGAGCAAUGCAAGCCUUGUUGCAGAUUCAGCAGGGUUUACAGACAUUAGCAACGGAAGCCCCCGGCCUCAUCCCAGGGUUUACUCCUGGCCUGGGGGCAUUAGGAAGCACUGCAGGCUCUUCAGGAACCAAUGGCUCUAGCUCUGCCCCCAGUGAAAACCCAAGUCCCACUGCAGGAACCACCGAACCUGGACACCAGCAGUUUAUCCAACAAAUGCUGCAGGCUCUUGCUGGAGUAAAUCCUCAGCUGCAGAAUCCAGAAGUCAGAUUUCAGCAACAACUGGAACAACUCAGUGCUAUGGGGUUUUUGAACCGUGAAGCAAACUUGCAAGCGCUAAUAGCAACAGGAGGUGAUAUCAAUGCGGCUAUUGAAAGGUUACUGGGCUCCCAGCCAUCAUAGCGUUUCUGUAUCUUGAAAAAAUGUAAUUUAUUUUUGAUAACGGCUCUUAAAUCUUUAAAAUACCUGCUUUACUUCAUUUUGACUUUUGGAAUUCUGUGCUGUUAUAAACAAACCCAAUAUGAUGCAUUUUAAGGUGGAGUGCAGUAAGAUGUGUGGGUUUCUCUAUGUUUUUCUUCCUUUUUUUUUUUUUUUGUGGAACAAUGGGAAUCAAUGCUUUUUCAUUUAAGGCUAUUGCAUGUAUCAGACACUUCUGCAUUUAUUGUAAUUUUUAAAAAACAUAUCACCUUUUAUAGUCAGGUGAAGAAAUUUUUGUCCUGCAUCUGUCCAGUUUAUUUGCUUUUUAAACAUUAGCCUAUGGUAGUAAUUUAUGUAGAAUAAAAGCAUUAAAAGAAGCAAAUCAUUUGCGCUCUAUAAUUUGCGGUAUACAGUAUUGCUUAUUGUGACUUUGGCAUGUAUUUUUGCAAACAAAAUGCUGUAAGAUUUAUACUACUGACAAUUUUGCUUUAUUUGUAUACAAAUAAAGUAUGCACAUUCGGGACUGCAUUUCUAGAAAUGUACUGCCGUAGAUUUUCCGAGCAAAACACCUACAACCAAAAAAAAAGGUAAAGGUAAGGAAAUAACUUUAAAGUUGAGUAUUUCCUAAUUGUGUAGAAUCUUACAGCAUCUUUGAUAAACAUCUCUGAGCAAAAGUGCCAGUCAAGUUUGUUGAAAAUAUAGUAGAAAAGCUGAUUCUGGUUAUCUCUGUAAGGCCAUUUAAUUGUACAGACAACAUAAUGUAACAUUGUCUCAACAUUCACAGAUUGUAAAUUACCUUAAUCUUUGUGCAGACUGAAGGAGCACUAUAGUGUAACCCAAAAGUGCAUUUGCCUAGGACUUUUCAGCUUCUCCCAUAGGUAGAUAAACAGGCAUUACACUUUGUAAUUGAAAUGUUGCUUUCACU